GAACUCUCACUUCAUCUCUGCAGACUGCAACCAAUUCCUCAGCCUCCAUCAAUGGCUUCCGCAGUCUCCAUCUCUCUCAUUCUUCUCUCUCUCUUCUCUCUCUCCUCCCCUUUACCCUCACAAACUGUUCUCGACGCCGCUGAAAUCUUGUCCGACAAUGGCUUCGUUUCCAUGGCUCUGACGCUUGAGCUUAUUGCCGAAUCCUUGCUCUCCCACUCCAAUUCCCUCACCAUUUUCUCACCCUCAGACGCCGCUUUUGCUCAAUCAGGUCAGCCUUCUCUCUCUCUCCUUCAGUUCCACUUCUUGCCGCUCUACUUAUCUCCCGAAAGCCUCAAAUCGCUCGCGUCUGGCACCAAGAUUCCCACUAUGUUGCCCGGUCGAUCGCUCACUGUCACCUCUUCUUCCCGAUCUGAUUCCGAAAUUUCCUUGAACAGAGUCAAGAUUAAUAGCUCGCCGUUCUACGAUGACGGUUCGCUAAUUGUUUUUGGGGUUGAGAAGUUUUUUGACCUGAAAUUACAAGUUCCGCCGCUUACUCAGAGUCCGGGUGGUGCGGAGUUUCGGUGUGGUCCAUCGACUGAGGAGAAUCCGUUUGGUGAAGCGAUAAAAACCCUAAAGUCCAAUGGCUAUUCUUCGAUGGCAUUGUUUCUUGAAUCUCAGAUUCCAGGGUUCAAUAAUGGUCAGUCCAUGAUGACCGUCUUUGCUCCAUCGGAUGAAGCAUUGGCGACUCGCGUUGAUAACUUCACUGAGUACCCGUCUCUGUACUUUCGUCAGAUUUUGCCGUGUAGAAUCUUGUGGAAUGAUCUUGUGAAUAUUGAGGAUGGCACGGAGUUAGCUACAUAUUCGGAGGGAUAUACAAUUUCUAUCGUGAAAUCAAGCGGCAUGUUGACGAUUAAUGGAGUUGAAAUCUUCUAUCCUAACAUGUAUGUCAACGAGUGGCUAGCUGUUCAUGGCCUUCUUUGAUGUUUUUUCUGUGGCAGAGACUCUCAGCAGAGGAAUCGGAUUCAGAAAUUAGAAACACCACUCGGGAGAAGAUGGCACUGGAUCAUUGGUAAGUGCUGAAGCCAUUAAAAUCUUUUUCUUCCGCUGAACAACACAUCGAUUCACCACUUGUACAUUUCAAGAACUUUUCUGGCGUUCAUGUGUAUCUGUGAUAAAGAAAAUUUAACAUGGAAGUGGAAAAAUUUUCCUACAACUUUCAGCUUGUUCGUAUACACCCAUCAAGAAUUGGCUUCAUUGUAAGUUUUGAGUGAACAAAUGGAACAUCAUUUUGAGAUGAGUGGUGAAGCGGUUUAAGCAACAAGAGGGUUAAUUUCUUUGAGAUUCAGAGCAAAACA